AUGAUGGCGCCGGAUACGCAGAACUAUGGCUUCUUGUGCCCUCCGAGCGAACAGGAAGAAGAACCAGUGUACCGGACACCAUCCCAUUACAGUCCUCGCCUGACAUAUCACCUGCCCGCCGGCGCAGCACGGCACUAUCAGCAGCAGUAUGGGGAUAUGUACUUCUUGCGACUGGCCAAAUUGAAACCUAGUGUGGAACAGGUGGCUAAGGAUGCGUGGGAGGGACUAGUCAUUGCCGGAGAAAAUGUUCGACGAGUGGAUCGAGUCCUGGAUGUUCGACAAGGUGAAUUGUGUUGGGUGGCCGGCACCGUGUAUAUGGAAUUGCCCAUGAAGCCAAACAUUCUGGAAGAUUUGACCAAAGAGAAUUUCACGUCUGCGCCUCCUCCCCGCCGUACUUACACCGACCCUUCCAACCCCGAGGCAACCCAGAUAAUGAUGGAAGAUGAGUCUGGUCGCUUACGACUGACCGGGAACUUCUUGCGGUCUACCCAGCUGGCAACCGGUGCGAUCGUUGCUGCGUUGGGAACCGAAGACGCAAAUGGAGACUUCGAGGUGAUCGAUAUCAAACUACCAGACCUGGCCCCUCAGCCGCGGCGCUGGGAAGGCAAAGCACCCGAGAAUGGAGCUGAAACCGGAAACGGGAAUGGCAAGAUUGCCUUUGUCAGUGGUCUAGGCAUCACAGGAACAUCGAGUGACACACUUGCGUUGGAAUUGUUGACAGAUUAUCUCCUUGGAUAUACCGGGCGCUCGGGCAAAGCGGACAGCCCUCCAACGAGUGCCUCCAAAAUCACGCGUUUAAUCAUCGCAGGGAACUCUUUGGGUGCCAGCAUCACUGCGGAUGUAACAGCAACGUCUGCUACAAAGGCUCAGCCCAAAAAGUACGGUUAUGAUGCCUCAGCAUACAAUGCCUCGCCCAUCACCCAGCUGGAUAGCUUCCUGGCGGAGAUUCUACCUAGUAUUCCCGUGACCUUGAUGCCGGGCGAGAAGGAUCCGGCCAAUUUCUCUCUGCCCCAACAGGGGAUUCACCGCGCCAUGUUCCCUCAGUCAAGAGCGUAUUCCGCGCCCCCGCCCCGAGGUGACGACAAACCCGAGGCGGGCUGGUUUGAUAGCGUAACAAAUCCUUGGGAUGGCGAUGUUGAGGGAUGGAGACUAUGGGGAUGCAGUGGUCAGAAUGUCGAUGACAUUCUCCGAUACAUCACUAUCGAGAGCAGCGAAGGCAGUCCUGCAAGCAGCACACGUUCCGAUGCCCGAAUUCGCGUUAUGGAAGCCAUGCUCCGCUGGCGCUGUGGUGUGCCCACUGCGCCCGACACCAUUUGGUCUUACCCGUACCAAUCCGACGAUCCAUAUAUUCUGGAAUCCUGUCCACAUAUCUUCUUCGCGGGCAAUCAGCCCGAGUUUAAGACUGCUACCAUCGAAGGCCAUGUUCCCCUGCGUUUAGACGGUGAUACCGACAUGACAGACGCCGACGGGUCCGAUGCCCCCCGUGUGCGGAUUUUGGCUCUGCCGAAGUUCAAUGAGACGGGGCAGUUGGUUCUGGUGGACACUGAAACGUUGGAAGUUGAGGUGAUUCGAUUUGAGGUUUUCCAACAAAAAUGA